UCUUUGACGUCUUUCUAAAACUCUCGUAGUACACAAGAAACGCAUUCCUUUUCAGUACUGUUCGAAGCUUACAGCUAUCGGGGAAAAUGGCAUCAGAAUUGCUGAAACAAAACCGACUUCGCUGGGACUUGAGCCCAGAUGGCAUCAAGACAAAAGCUGAAGAUCUCAUUAAGAACACCAAAUCUGUUUAUGACGCAGUUGGGGGCUUAGAGAAGGACAAACUCACUUACGAAAACACCGUCUUGGCACUGGCUAACAAUGACUGUGAGUACAGUGUGCAACGUAACAUACUGGAUUUCCCUCAGCAUACUUCACCUGACAAGGCUGUGAGGGAGGCAAGCACCGAGGCUGACAAGAGACUCUCUGAUUUUGACGUAGAGAUGAGUAUGAGACAGGAUGUCUUUGACAACCUUGUUGCUUUCCAAGAGAAGACUGACGUCAGCAAGCUGAAACCUGAAGCCAGGCGUUACCUGGAGAAGCUCAUCAAGCUGGGAAGACGAAAUGGUUUGCAUCUACCUAAGGAUGUGCAGGACAAGGUCAAAGCCUUGAAGAAGCGAGCCAGUGAUAUCUCUAUUGACUUCAAUAAAAACCUGAAUGAUGAGAACACUAUACUGGAAUUCACUGAAGAAGAACUAGUUGGCCUUCCUGAAGACUUUAUUAAGAGAUUAGACAAGACAGCAGAAGGGAAGUGCAAAGUGUCACUGAAAUAUCCUGAUUACUUCCCUGCCAUGCGUAAAGCCCGCAACCCUGAGACCAGACGAAAGCUAGAAUUUGCAUUCAACUCAAGAUGCAAGGAGGAAAAUACCAAAAUAAUGGAAGAACUGGUUGAGAUACGCCAGAAGCUUGCUGACCUGCUCGGCUAUCCCACUCACGCUGCCUACAUCCUAGAGCUGCGCAUGGCCAAGACACCGGAGACCGUGUCCAAGUUCCUGAAGGAUUUAGUUGGGAAACUCCGGGUGCUUCAAACAGCUGAACUGGAAACCUUCUUGAGCUACAAAAAGGAAGAGUGUGAGAAGUACGGCUUCCCCUUCAAUAACACCAUUGACUUAUGGGACAUGCGGUAUUACAUGAACAUGGCUGAAGAACGACAAUAUUCCAUCGACCACAACAAGCUGAAGGAGUAUUUCCCACUAGAGGUUGUGACCAAAGGUCUCUUGGAGAUCUACCAGGAGCUCCUGGGACUGAAAUUUGAAGAGAUUCCCAAGGCUGAUGUCUGGAAUGAUGACGUCACAAUGUUUAGCGUGACUGACAAGGAGUCAGGUGCUUUCAUGGGCUUUUUCUACCUUGAUCUCUUCCCUCGAGAGGGCAAGUUUGGUCAUGCUGCCUGCUUCGGUCUGCAGCCUGGUUGUGCAGCACCUGAUGGGUCCCGCCAGGUUGCUAUAGCAGCCAUGGUGGCCAACUUCACCAAGCCGACCCCGGACUCACCCUCACUGCUUACCCAUGAUGAAGUAGAGACUUUCUUCCAUGAGUUUGGUCAUGUCAUGCACCAGCUGUGUGCCCAGGCUGAGUUCAGAAUGUUCAGCGGCACGCGCGUGGAGCGUGACUUUGUGGAGGCGCCCUCACAGAUGCUGGAGAACUGGUGCUGGCAGGCAGAGUCACUGCGGCGCAUGUCGGGCCACUACAAAGAUGGGACGACCAUUCCGGAUGAGAUGGUGAACAAGCUGGUCAGGGCCCGUAAUGCCAAUGCUGGGGUCUUCAACCUACGGCAGAUCCUACUAGGAACAUUUGAUCAGACCAUACAUACUUCUGCUAAGGCGGACACAAGCGCCAUAUAUUCCAAACUGUCACAAGAGAUUCUGGGGAUACCGGCCACACCGGGUACCAACAAGGUGGCCUCAUUUGGUCAUUUGUCGGAUGGUUACGAUGCUCAGUACUAUGGGUAUCUGUGGAGUGAGGUUUACUGCAUGGACAUGUUCUACUCCCGUUUCAAGAAGGAAGGGAUUAUGAACCCCAAGGUGGGAGCAGAUUACCGCAAGUACAUCCUGCAACCAGGGGGCUCUAUCGAUGCCAUGGACAUGCUGAAGAAUUUCCUGGGUCGUGAACCCCAGCAGGAAUCUUUCCUCCUCAGCAAGGGCCUGAAAGUCUAAGCAUGGUGCCCAUUGGGCAAGGAGUCCACACCAGAACCGGACACACCAGCAAGUAUGAGAAGAGGGGAACGUUCCCCUUUGGUGGACUUUUAGGAGCUGCUUUUCCGUCUCCUUGAACUCAAAAUACCAGAAAACAAGACUGCUUGUUCAAAGUGAAGGCGUCUCAUUGUUGGCUGGACAUUUCUUUCUUCUGUUCGUAUUGUGCAAUGUGCAGGCUGCAUCAGUUAUUUCAUGUUUGCUGAUGGGCACUACACCAUUCCCAUUAUCUUUGCAUUUAAAUUCACAGAUUGUCAUCUUGUUUGAUGUAUGAAAAUUGCAGUCACUGCUUAAUUGACCACUUGCUGCCGGGGAGCCCGUUUUUCGGGUACCUUGGGUAUGUACGCAUAGCCGGGGUGCCAAAAUCGGACA